CAUGAGACCAGAGAGCCGUGUGAGUAUUCAAACCUUCGAUAGUCUCUCUCACACGCACAAACGCAACCAAACGCACUAUAUCCAAUUCAUCCCCGUCUCUGUAAAUUCUUCUCAUACAUCCGAUUGCAGGAGAUGUUGAAGUCUCUUCUUCUUCUUCUUCUUUCGAUUCAUAUAUUUCUUCCCAUUUUACCCCUCUUGGCUGCAGUUCACGGCAUUGAUUACAGCAGCAGCUACUCUUCGGACCUUCUUUCCUCUGCCAAAAGAGACAGGCCUUGGUUAGUCUCAAUCAGAAGAGAAAUCCAUGAAAACCCCGAACUUAAAUUCGAAGAAUUCAACACCAGCGCUCUUAUCCGCAGAGAACUCGAUCGAAUCGGCAUCCCCUAUUCGUUUCCCUUCGCCUCCACUGGAGUCGUCGCCCAAAUCGGAUCGGGUUCUCCUCCAAUCGUCGCUCUCCGGGCCGACAUGGAUGCUCUGCCCUUGCAGGAACUUGUGGAAUGGGGGCACAAGAGCAAGAUCAAUGGGAAAAUGCAUGGUUGUGGGCAUGAUGCGCACGUGACGAUGUUGCUUGGAGCGGCUAAAUUGCUCAAUCAGCGGAAGGAUAAUCUCAAGGGAACUGUGAGACUACUUUUCCAACCUGCAGAGGAGGGGGGCGCAGGUGCAUCUCACAUGAUAAAGGAGGGUGCUCUUGGUGGUGCCGAAGUGAUCUUUGGCAUGCACGUUGGCUUUACAUUGCCCACAGGAAGCAUAUCAUCACAUCCAGGACCCACGCUAGCUGCGGUAUGUUUCUUUAAAGCAAAAAUAGAAGGUCGAGGCGGUGAUGCUGCAAAACCUCACUUGCAUACGGAUGCGAUAGUUUCUACGUCAUUUGCAAUUUUGGCGCUGCAGCAGCUCAUCUCAAGAGAAGUUGAUCCCCUUCAUAACCAAGUCCUCUCCAUCACGUUUGUGCAAGGCGGCAAUGCAAUUAAUGCCAUUCCUCCUUUUGUUGAGUUUGGGGGAACUUUGAGGAGCCUUACCACUGAAGGUCUACACCGACUCCGAAAGAGGGUGAAAGAGGUUAUAGAAGGCCAGGCAACUGUAAACAGAUGCAAGGCUUUUGUCGACAUGCAAGAUGAUGAGUACCCGCCGUACCCGGCCGUCAAUAAUGAUGAACGAUCGCACCAGCAUGUGGAAAGGGUAGGAAGGUUCUUGCUCGGUCCUGAUAAGGUGAAGCCAGGGAAGAAGGUUAUGGCCGGCGAGGACUUUGCAUUCUAUCAGCAAGUGAUUCCGGGUGCUAUAUUUGAUAUUGGAAUUAGAAACAAGAAAUUGGGUUCCAUCCACUCCCCGCACUCGCCUUACUUCUUCCUUGACGAGGAUGUCCUGCCCAUCGGAGCAGCAUUGCACACUGCACUGGCGGAGGUGUAUCUCAACGACCACCAGGAUUUGAUUGAUGGUGCAGAUUCGCACUCUUGACAGGUAUGGAUGUUGGUAUUGUAAAAUACUGUAAAUAAGAUUCUGUAAAAUUUGAUUAGAUGGGGCCAAACUGUUCUCGGAUAGCAAGAUUCAACCCUUCUCUUGGUUGGCCCAUUUUCUUAUUGAUUGUGGACAUUUGUACUUUCUAGUUAACGGUCUGUUGUAAGAUCAUUUAUCUCA